AUGAUUUCCCAAAUCAGUGACAGACCACCUUUGACUGGGGAUUGGAACACAAGAAGUGGAGUUGUGAAGCAGAAUAUUGAAGGAGUAGAUGAUGGUGGUAACGAUGGACUCUCACUAGGAGACAUUGACGUCACAAUUGUUGGUUGGUGUGAUGGUGUAAAUGAUGGAAUCCCCACAGUUGGAAUGUUUGAUGGGUUUGCUGAUGGACCAACACUGGGUGAUGUGGAUGGCAGAACUGAUGGAGUAAUUGAUGGAGUUACCGAUGGCCUGCUUGAUGGGGUGAAUGAUGGAGUGAUUGAUGGAAGAAUCGAUGGAGUGAUUGAUGGAAUAUUUGAUGGAGUGAUUGACGGAAUAAUUGAUGGAGUCAUUGAUGGAGUCAUUGAUGGAGUAGUCGAUGGGGUCAUUGAUGGAAUCUUGGAAGGGGUGUUGGAUGGUGCCGCAGAAGCAGAGGGUGAUACUGAAGACCCAAAUGGCAAAACGGAAGGGUGA